GUUGUAGUAUAGUGGUGAGUAUUCCCGCCUGUCACGCGGGUGACCCGGGUUCGAUCCCCGGCAACGGCGUCGUUUUUAUUUUCAUGCGUUUUAUCUUUGUUUUUCCUGGUUUCUUUCCAUCUUACCUUCCUCGAUUCUUCUUUUUAGGGUUUAUCAUGUUUGUGUUUCAUUGACGUUUGAAAAGAUGAACAUUUGUAGUUUCUGGGUAUCUUCCAUGAAAAUCCCCUUUCACGGGUGUCGAUUCUCAAGGCCUUUCUUCUCUCUAUCUUCUCCGUCUCGCAAUCGCAUUAUGACCAUUCAAAGUUCUUCUUCUUCGUCUGCUUCCAUAUCAACGGAGUCCAAAGAGAAGAAGAAGGAAAAUUUACCUUGGUUGAUCGUUGGCCUCGGCAAUCCAGGCAAAAAGUACGCUGCCACUCGUCACAAUGUGGGCUUUGAAAUGGUUGAUGCCAUAGCUGAAGCUGAAGGGAUAUCUAUGAACACUGUUUCCUUCAAAGCUUUAUUUGGGAAAGGUUUAAUAGGUGAUGUCCCAGUCAUACUUGCAAAACCACAGACUUUUAUGAAUUCUAGCGGUGAAUCUGUUGGGGCCAUAGUUUCGUACUACAAGAUUCCACUAAAGCAAGUACUCGUGAUCUUUGAUGACUUGGAUUUACCUUUUGCUAAAUUGCGGCUUCUACCAAAGGGUGGACAUGGAGGCCACAAUGGAAUGAAGAGUGUUAUUAAUCAUUUCAAAGGGAAUAAUGGUUUUCCUCGCUUAAGAAUUGGCAUCGGACGACCUCCCGGUAAAAUGGAUCCUGUAGCAUUUGUUCUUCGCACGUUCACUAAACAGGAAAGAGAAGAGUUGAAUUUUACAUUACAAGAUGGAAUAGAAGCUCUUCGGAUUCUUUUGCUGGAAGGAUUUGAUAAAAGUGCAACAUUUGUUAACAGUGCCAAAAAGAUAGAGCAAACUGGUUGAGGAAACAGCUUACUUAGAAUAUCCUUUUGACAAGUACAAACAGGAUCGUACAGCAAGGAGAUACAUACUACUUAAAAAGAGUAAAUUCGUUCAAGGCCCUGCUUUUAAUUCCAGAGUCAUGAUUAAGCAAAUAUUUAUCCAUUCUUUAAGAAGCAGUUUCUGCCCAUUGAAUUCGAACCUGAAGCUUGGAAUCUUCAGGUACUAUUCUGUUGUGUUUUUUCAAUUUUGAGCCCUUCCAGCACCUUGAAUUAUAGUGUACAAUGUUGUGAAAUUAUUAUUAGUCAGUUGCAUUUCACGUAACUUUUAUAAUAAUGAUCACAUAAGAUCAUUUUCUGUUUGUAAAGAUCCCAUUUUUAACUGCCAGGAAGUUAAAUAGCUCAAUUUCAUUCAACAUCUGUCUUUAAUUCUUUA